CUCUCCCUCUGCCUGCUCCUUACCACCUGUCCUUGACUGACUGUGCACAGGCGAGACUGAGAAGAAGCUACUCUGCUCACUCACCCUCUGGCAUCUUUCCGUCUGUGUUUAUGUAACGAGCUUCACCCUUUUUAAAUACUUCACUUUGUGGUUGUUUCCCCACCAGCUGUGGUUUUCCGGCGGAGUGUUGAAGGGGAGGAACGUUUGUCUUCGGCCAGAGGAGCUCUGAUGGGAGGCAGUGCCGACUCCGGCUGGGACUGGGGAUGCUGAACGGAGGGAGGGAGGGCCUGUUUGAGCUGGGACAGCAGCUCCAGCAGCAGGGGGAGUACCAGGCCGCCCUCCACUGCUUCCUCAGCUGCCUGUUGGGACUGACCCACGUGCAGAGCUUCACCUCUCUGCCCAACUGCUUGCACCAGAUUGCUGAACUCUUCAUCAGUGAAAAGAAUUAUGGGAAGGCCCUACAGUUCAUUCAGGCUGAAAAGAUGUUCUACGAAGUGGCACUGAUUGAGCUCACCGCUCUCCAGGGGAGCACAGCAGGCCCUCCGGAGGAGGCCACGUUGGGGUCCGCAGGAUGGACAACACCAGAGGAACUUUCAGAACAAGCCUCCCAGGCGCAGCACUUGGAACGGCUGGCUCAGCUGUGCAUCAUGAGCAAACAACCUCAUCUUGCUCUUGAAUACAGUGGAAAGGCUACAAAGAUUCACCAGAGGGCCUUCGGUAAUGACCAUCCAAUUACAGCCAGAAGUCUGGAGCUCAUGGCAACUGUCUAUGCUGAGAUCGGCAAGACUGAAUAUUCAGACUCUUUGGACCAGUGUGUGUCUGCACUGUCCAAACGUUUCGCCGCCGCAGAGUCGCUCAGAGACGAUGUCAACUGUCUUCCUCAUUCCAACCGGGAAAAACACUCAGAGGUACGCAACAGGAAUAAUGGCCACCACCACCAGGAGGACACGCUUAAACCUACGGUGACUAGUAUCAAGGUUCCCACAUCCAUUCUGAAGAGGCCGAGUCCCAGCUAUGGAUCAGACGCUGAGCCCAACCACAGACGGAAAGGCGAGCGGAGGGUUCGAUUCAGGGAGCCAGAGAACACAGUACACGAAAUUCCUUACUGCAACUGUUUAGGUGCGUAUGAGACGACAGCAUCACGCCCCCACCUUGCCCUGUUCACCUGCCUCUUCCUGCUGAUGUCGUGCCUGGGUGUGGCCAUGUACUGCACAGACCGUCGGCGCCCACAGCGAGUGUGCGAGGAGCUGGAAGCCGUUCUGGCUGUGUACUUGCUCCACAUGAAGCAGCUUCUGUGGGGCUGCUGGAUAUGGCUGACCAUGCAGUGACUGUGACCGACCACAGGUGGCGACAUGGAGCCUCCUUUCUGUUUUUUUUUCUCUUUUUUUUUUUAAAGGGGGGGUUAUUGUUGUUUAUUUCUUUUUGUUUGUUUGUUUGUUUGUUUUUAUAUAUCUUUAAAGGUGCCUAGGCCUACAAACACCUCAGCCAUUUGGCAAGGCUCUGAACACUGUCUGUGGUCUUGCACCACGUCCACGGUGAAAAGGUGAACAUGUCUAAUUCUAGAAAUAUGUAGCUUCCAUGUCUGUAUGUAAAUACAGUACGUACUACGGUGGGGGGCAUGGCACUCCAUAUUUAUAGCCACAUAUAAAGCUCACAUAAGCACCACAACCAUGUAAUUAUUCAGCUCAUGUCACAGUCUAUUGCCUGUGAGAGGAUGUUUCCAAGGAAUGCAAAUAUUUAUUUUGUUACAGUCUAUGAUUUGUGUAUAUUAGAUAUUACACAGAAGUGAAUGUGUAUAUAUGGCUCAACAUACAAAGGACCAUCACUAUCAGUAUUUAGCCUUGUAAUUGCAUGUAAAAGAAUGUGAAAAUGUUUGGAAAAGGCUUCGACUGGCACAGCGCACAUCUACAAAGAGGAGAGAAUUAAUGAUCAGUGGGAAGGUAAAAUGCAGACCUGCGUCACUACUUAAGACUGUCUGGUCAUCCAGGUGGAUGGAUAAUUCCUAGUUACACUGAGGAGAAAAUCUGCAGCACAAUAUUAUCUAUCGUCAUAGAGAAUAUACCUAAACUGAAUGAAUGCUACUGCUUUUAACAGUCUCCCUCUUUGUAACUGCUCGAAUCCCCCCUAAAAAAACCUUUAUCUACAUGUUAUAUAUUCUUAUAUACUGUAUUUCUGCAUCUACGCUACAAUCCAGCUUUCAGUUAUUUGAAAUUUUUUAACUUUUUUUUACUUGUUGCAUUUCUAUUAAAAUAAUAUCCAGGUUUUAAUUGUGAUGUCAAAUUCCCAUAUAUUGUUGGAUGAGUGUAUGGGUGGGUAUAACAAAUAUUUGAAAUACUUUUUUUUUGUAAGCUAACAACCUUGUAUCAGGUUCAAUGCAAUAUGAGGCCAAACACAGAAAUAUAACAGAACCAGAUACUGUAUGAGCCCCUUUAUCAAAUGCAGUGCAUGAAAUUCAAGCAGCCAAACCAUCACACAAAAGAUUUAAAUGACUCAAAGGGGCAAACUGAUUUGCACACCUCUCACGAUGAGCAGUAUCACAACUCGCAUAGUUUAUAAACAUCACUCUCAAAAUUUCGAGUUUCAGGGAACUCAAAAGGAAACGUUAUUUGGAUGGUGGAGAUUUCACCGUUGAAUGUG